CAGAUUCGUGUGUUAUUUGUAAUAUCUACAUGUUUCAAGCUUAUUUAUUUAAUCUAGUUAAUUGUGAAUUCAGAUAUUAUGGCUGAAGGUGGGCCUGGUUUUGUUGGAAUACGGUUUUGCCAAGAGUGCAACAACAUGUUGUACCCAAAGGUGAAAUUUUUUAGUAUUUACCUUAAAAUAAUUAAUGUUAAAUUGUGUAUGUCACAUGUCUUAUCUUGGGUUAUCUCACACGUUUCGUUAUUCACAUGUCUAAGUAAAAUUCUCAAAUUAUCUUUCCCUAGGUCUGAGGAUCAUCCUUGUCCCAAGUGCAGGCACAGAGAAGCCGUAUUCUUCCAGUCUGAUACUAUCAAGGCUGCUGCAGAGAUGAGACUGUAUUAUGUUUGUACAAACCAAACCUGUCAUCAUCGAUGGACGGAGUAAACAGAAUUCUCCGAACCUGUCCUCUCGUCUGUAUAUAUGUAUAUCCUGUAUUGUAAAACCUUUAGUACAAAUAUUAAAUUUCAGAAAA